UGCUCUGCGCUCAUCUGUCCGGAGUCUGUGGCGCUGCUCUGCGGCAGUAAACCGCCGCUAUGUGCGCUCACUGAGUCAGACUGUCGCGUUAUCUGCAUGGAUCCUACUCGGACGACCGGAAAAUAGACAUCCCGGUGCAGCAGCAGCAGCAGCAGCUUCUCCUUCUCUAGCCGGGGGAGCUUUCUGAGUAUUCCCGUCCGAGAUCUCUGCACUCUCAGCGGCUCCACAUGGCUGGACACGAGUGGGAAGACUGGUUCGAGCGGGAAGAGUUUAUCGGACAGAUCAGCGACAUUCGAGUGCAGAACCUGCAAGUUGAAAGAGAACUGGUUCAGAAGAGGACCUUCACCCGAUGGAUAAACCUCCACCUAGAAAAGUGUGACCCGCCCAUAGAGGUUCAUGACCUCUUUCAGGACAUCCGGGAUGGGCACAUCCUCAUGGCCCUGCUGGAGGAGCUCUCUGGUUCCAAACUGCUUCAUGGGUUCAGGAAGUCCUCCCAUCGUAUUUUCAGACUGAAUAACAUCGCUAAGGUCCUGUCUUUCCUUGAAGAGAGAAACGUAAAGCUGGUCAGUAUCGAUGCAGCUGAUGUUGCCGAUGGAAAUUCCUCCAUCAUCCUGGGACUCAUCUGGAACAUCAUUCUCUUCUUCCAGAUUAAGGAACUGACUGGGAACAUCAGGAGCCAGUUCCCCUCUACCUCCAGCCUCUCAUCCAUUCCCACCAGCUCUGAUUCUGACACAUCCCACAGCAGCACACCCUCAGAUGAGAGACAGUCAGCAACCACAGCCAUGCGAGAACACAGCAGGGCCAUCAAGAAGUUACUGCAAUGGGUACAGAAGCGAACACGCAAGUAUGGAGUCGCAGUGCAGGACUUUAGCAAAAGCUGGACAAGUGGUCUGGCCUUCCUGGCUGUUAUUAAGUCCAUUGACUCCAGCCUGGUAGACAUGAGGAAAGCCCUGCUGAGAAGUUCCAGGGAGAAUCUAGAGGAUGCCUUCAGAAUAGCCCACUACAGCCUGGGCAUACCACGCCUUCUGGAACCUGAAGAUGUGUCUAUCAAUGCACCAGAUGAGCAGUCUAUCAUUACGUAUGUGUCUCAGUUCCUGGAGCACUUCCCUGGUAUAGAGGAGCCAGAGGAGCCCUGCCAGCUAAUUGAACGAAGCGUCUCUAUGGGCCGACUCUACUUCCGUGACAGUGACUCUGACCACAUGAGUAAAAGUGCUCACCGAAACCGAGUCAGGGAGCGGUCAUACAUGUUUCAGAAGGACACUGCCCACCCCCCACCCAAAAUCUUAAUUUCCUCGGUAUCAGAAGACAGAAGUGUAAUGUCACCUUCCUUCAAGGUUACCGCAACGCGAUCGUGGUCCAGUGAUGACAUUUUGACAGAUUCCCCCCACAUGGAAGACCCCAAGAAACCAAUGAAAGAAGUCUUAAACAACACUAAUGCCCCACAGCUGUCUUACACUCAGUCACCCACCAGCUCAACUGUACCUGAGUCUGUAAACACUGAGUCAGGAAUGGGCGACUCUGCAAUCAGCUCACCUGACUCCUGGGUGGAGAGUGAGUUUGGGGUGACAGCGGAGAAGGAUAGUGAGAACCAAAGUUACCUGUGUGAUAGUGGAACAGCUUGGCAUGUGUAUCAUGCGACCCCUGUGGAGGUAACUGCUACUGAUGAAGGAUUUAUUCCCUCCAUAGAGGAAGGAGCCCCUGAUGAACAGCAAAUGACUGAAUGUUGUAUUGAUGAAGGGAUUUACACUUUGAGCUCACUGGAGAGCAUUCAGGAGAGAGACCAGGGGCAUGCCGAGAAAAGGCAAGAGCAAGUAGUGAAAGUGAAAGAAGCAAACCUUGAAAAAAACAAUCAGGACUUGGAAAGAGAGCAGGAACCUCAGCACAGCAACACUGAGGCUGUAAUAAAGCUAGAGUCUGAGCAGCUUCGAAAUGACACAGAGCAGGAAUCUUCAGUUGGACUGUGUGAUGCAGAAAUACGGGCCAACUCUGGUGCAGAAGACCUCCUCAAAGCUCAUGUACUGAGCUCCAGAAUUGAACGGCCAUCCAGUGACCAUUCUGAGGAAUAUGUGAUGGAGAGUAUUCUAGAAGAGAGCGCUCACAGAGGCCUGGAAUGUGGAGAGAAAGCUGUGGAUGCACAGAACCAUGAAGGAGAAACUAACAGUCAAACUGAAAGUCUGCAAGACACAAGUAUCUCUGAGGAGGCUGAAGUGGAAACUGUAGAGAAUGAAAGAGAGAACACAAGAAAUGAACCAGAAGUCUUAAAGGAGAGCAAUAAAGUAGAAACACAAGAUGAAGCAAGUGCAGAACUUUUAAAAGACUUCCCAGACUCUCAGGACAGAAAUGGCUCAGAGAUCUGCAAAGCUUUAGAAAAUGCAUGUUCUACCAACAUAGAGGAAGUCUUAAUAACAAGCCUGGAUGCAAACAUAGGCAUGACUAUUCCUCUCAUCUCUAUUGUCAGUGUGCCAGACGAACUGGAUGAUGAUAGAACAUGUAACCCAGGAGGACAAGAAAUUGCUGAUGAUAAUGUAGACCAGCCAAUGGUGACUGUAAGUGAGGUAACAGACAAGCAUUCCAACAGUCCUCAACACCCAGGUGAUGAGAGCUCUACCUCCAGCAAAGAUAAUAUUACUCUGGAGAGUCCAUCAGAAAAUGUUAAACCAACAUCUUCAGGAGAACUAAGGGAUGUAGAAAAUCAGCAUUCAAAUGAUAUCAUUGAACAUAAUAUAUCUUCACAUGCAGACACACAGGGUAAAGUUAGCGAUAAAUGUGAGUCUUCUCAUGAUGAUCCUCAGGGAGAAACUGACUUUUCUAUAAAGGCUGAAACUCAACUUGUGGAUACUGAGCACGGUAUAAAUUCAACUGACCAACCUGAUGGACAAAAGAGCAAAGUAGCUGUCACCUUUUCUAGCAGUGACACACCCAGCACACAGCUCAGUGCACUGGAUUCUUGCAACACCAAACCAAGUGGUAAGACAGGGAUGUUGUGCUAUGAAUCAGCUACCUUGUCUAGAACCAUGGACGUGCUGUAUACAGACUUUGAUCGAGGUUCUCCAACAGAGGAUCUAGUGGGUGACCCUAUUGAGCCCAUGGAUUUGUUCUACCCUGACAAAGAGGAGCUCAUGUUUACAGAGCCACCUGACACUGAAUCACAAAACUGGCCCUCUGUUUUGAGUGUAUCUGCUCUCCAGCCAGCACCAGCUUCAAACACUUUGCCAGAUGACAAAGAAUUCAGGACUGAAGUGGAUUUGAUAGAAGAGCAGGAUAAGGUGAUCACAAAGACCACCCAAGAGACAAACAAUGUAUUUGGAUCCCAGCAGCAUUGCUUGUUGCCUGGAGUAAAGCUGUAUGAAUGCUUAGGUGGUGAUGUUCCAGCAGGCAGGAGUGAUUCCAGUGAGGCUGAGCAACAGGAGCUCGUCUCUGCCAGAGAAAACACAGUGCCUGUGAGGUGUGACACAAGUUUCAGCAGACAGGAUGAAAGCCAGAUCCCACCAGUCCUCCGUCACAGAAAGGGGGCUCGCUACCCUGAGUCAGUGGAUAAUCAGAGAGCUGUGACCACAAAAGCUGACAGCGAUGACUCUGAUUUUUGGUGGAGUGGGAAUUGGGAGCUACGUGUGCUCCUGCUGCUGUGGCUGCUGCUCUACUGUUUCUGGGUGCUGCCACAGGUCGACCUGAAGAUGCUGCCCGACAUGCUGCUGAACCGCUGAACACACACACACACACACACACACACACACACACACACACACACACACACACACACA